AUGCCCUUCGCCUUCCACUACGACUCCCUUGCCUCCCGGAAAAUCCGUGAUGAAAGCGUACCAAGUCCACCCGGAAAACUCAGGUUCUCUACUUUGACAAAACCCACAUUCGUUUCAUCAACCUCUCCGACUCUCCGGUCCAGGAGAAUAGCAGCGACUGCGGAGUAUUCCAUGAGCCUCGGGGGGCAUGAAGCUGAACGCAAGCAACGGGCGCAGGGAGAUAGUGCGCAUCAUCGAACGCUUUAG